CUUCUCAACGCUAAGCUGAAUCAUCAACCACCGGAGGAAGCUUCAAAACUCCAUCAACAGUAACACAAGUUCCCGUCGCUACCAACUUAGAGAGAUCAUAAAGAGACGAAUCAACCAUAACCUGAAGAUUCGCUGGACAAGAUCCAUCGUUCACCGCAAGGAAAGCAAAAGCCCCUUUCCCUUGCUCUCUUCCGGUUUUAACCCACCCUCCGAUUCGAACUUUUUGACCGGCGAGACUAGCUCCGCCGUCUAGUCGACCUAGAAUCGAUUUAAUCAGAACAGGGUUGGAAAAUUGGGCUCUCUGCACCGUGGGUCAAUCGUUACCCAAUGCAACGGCGGCUAACUCGUUCGCUGGUGGCACAAGAUCUCUCCAUCUCUGCAAUCUGAAGUUUUCCCACAAGAGGAGCUUGAUCAGUUUCAGAGACGAAACGCAAAGCCUGAGGAUAUCAAAAGUCUUCUCCCAAUCACCACCUUCCACGUGUUCAAGUAGACGGACGAAAAAACGUCCCAAAUUAAGAGACGUUUCUUCUGAAUUAAGCAUUUUUGAUUUAUUUUAAAACAGAAAAAAAAACGAGAGACGGCUCAAGUGUACGCCAUUGCACAUGGUCUAAGUUCAAGAAAGAAGAAAACUCAGAAAAAAAGAAAGCAGCAGUUACUAAGAAAGAAAAAGGUGAGAAACGAAACAUGAGAGAGAGCUUCGAGUAAAUCAAAAACUACAGUUUUCUCGGGCCAGGUGGCUUUGACUCAAUCUUCUCUUCAACUUUCUUUCAUUCCCUUUCUACCCCUCUUUUUUACGACUAUCAAUCUCCACUAAUCAUCACUCUUUAACUACUAAAACAGCUCUAAUCAGUGCUUUUUUGUUCUGCAUAUCGACUCAAAUGUUUACAGAAAUAUAUCCAUACAAGUGUCAUAAAACUGUUUUUAACCACUGAUUAUAAAUAGUAGUAUAAUUUGUCUGAUUUCAGAAACAAGUACAUAUUUUUUUCCUUUAUAGAAUUUAGACAGGUGUUCUUUCAAAAUACUCAUAAUUGUUUGUUUAUUUAUUUAUUUAUAAAAAUACAUCAGCCAUGAGUGAAAUUAUAUAAGUUAUACAAGCCUAAAAAAGGUAAAGAGAGAAAACAUUUCACCAAAACAAUUCUUCUGUUUCUUCUCACUUUCUCUUGUGUUUCUUUCUUCUUCUUCCUCUUCUUCUCCCACGAAAAUCAAGAAGAAAAAAAAAGUCACGAUGGGAGAUAAUACCGCAGAAGAUCACGACGACCUAGCUAUGGUGGAAGCUGAAGGAGUCACGAGCUUCUCCGAACUUCUUAUGUUCUCGGAUGGCGUUCUCAGCUCCUCCGACCACCAACACGAGAGUAGUAGUGGUGGCGAUGGUGGUGGAGAAGACAGCUUAGGUUUUGUAUUCUCUGGCAAAACUGGUUCAAGAAUGCUCUGUUUUAGCGGAGACUAUCAAAACGACGACGCCUCGCUCUUCUUGGAACCUUCUUCUCUUCCCUCCUCCGGAGUCUCUGUUCUUGACCCUUCAUGCAUUAAGAUCGAUGAUUGCAAGAACUUUAAAGACGCUUGCACGGUUGAUAAAUCUACUAAACCAUCAAACAAGAGAACCGGAACGGGUAAUGAGCAUGAACCGGAUCAGAAUCGCAAACCGGGUAAGAAAUGCAAGCGAAAUCAAGAUAAAUCAUCAGUUGGGGUUGGAACUGUAAAGGUCAGGAAAGAAAGGUUAGGGGAAAGAAUCGCAGCGUUACAGCAGUUGGUUUCUCCAUACGGCAAGACAGAUGCAGCUUCUGUGUUGCAUGAAGCGAUGGGUUACAUCAAAUUCUUACAAGAUCAGAUUCAAGUCCUUUGCUCUCCUUAUCUUAUCAACCACACUCUUGUAGACGGUGGAGUUGUCACCGGAGAUGUUAUGGCGGCGAUGAAAGCGAAAGACUUGAGGAGCAGAGGGUUAUGUCUAGUACCUGUCUCAUCCACCGUACACGUGGAAAAUUCCAACGGCGCUGAUUUCUGGUCACCUGCUACGAUGGGUCACACUACUACUACGUCACCGUCGACACUGCAUCAUCAAGGAUUUUAAGACUACUGUCAUAGGCUAAUUAUUAUAUAUAUAAUAUAUUAGUAGCCUUUUAUGUUUUUUUGGCUGAAGAAGUAACUUAUUUUAGUAAAAGUGCUCUACGAAGUUUUCACCCA